GGAAAGCUGCGGCUGUGCUGCGCAAACUGAGCGCAGAUGUGACGCAGUCGAGUACAGAAGCUGUGCGCGCGGGCUCAGGACUCAGCAGUUGGAGGUUAGGCGCGUGCGAGGCAAACAAAACGACACACACACCGUCAGCUUUCACUACAGUAACACAUAUUUUACACCAUAACAGCGAGUUUACAUCUUGAAUUAUCGUUGACAUUUGAGAAACUCCUGCAGGACAAGCGAAGAUAUGCCCGGGCAAGUGUGUGGAUAUUUUGGAUCUGUGGAAGUCGAUGAGGAUCAUCAGUUGUUUGGUUACCUACAUUCUUCAACUAUCUUGUGUUCAGCAGAAGAAAGAAACUCUACAGUUUUGGAACAACUCGAGGUUCAGUAUGCUUAUCCAGUGAUUCAUCAGUCAACAGUCUCAACAGUCACCUUUUGAAAGCGCAGCUGCUUGAAAGGGAAAGUAAGUGUAAGAGAAGCUAUGGUAAGUCUUAAACCUAAGGGUGUGGCUGAUCCCGAGUCUGAUAUUGACGAAGAUAUUGAGAAACUGAAGAGCAAAUGGACUUCAAAAGAGGAUGAAAGUCUUGCGUCCCUCGUCGGGAGGUUUGGAAAGGAUGAGUGGGAAGUGAUUGCAGGCUUCCUACCUGGACGCUCUGCACAGGAAUGUAAAUACAGAUUCACGGUUGUCUUAGACCCAGAGCUCGUGAAGGGAACCUGGACCAAAGAAGAAGAUGAAAGGCUCAUUCAGCUGGUGUCUUUGUAUGGUGACAAGAAGUGGAGCACAAUUGCAAAGCACCUAAAAGGCAGAAGGGGCAAACAGUGCCGCGAGCGAUGGCAUAAUCACCUCGACCCUUCUGUGAUUAAGACCCCCUGGACAGAAGAGGAGGAUCUUAUGAUCAUAAAAUGCCAUUGUGUGCUGGGAUCUCGUUGGGCACAAAUUGCAAAGUUUCUCCCUGGAAGGACUGAUAAUUCCAUAAAGAACCACUGGUAUUCAACCUUAAAGCGUAAAAUGGACAAGGGCACCUACAAGAUGGAGGAUGUUGACUUGAGUGAUCUUGGACUCUACUUGUCACAAAAAGAAACCUCUAAUUCCACAAGUCAUGAAAAGUCAAAGAGCACAGCAGAGCCAUUACCCAAGGUGAAGGAGAUGAAGAGGACGACUUUAGAAAAAACGCUGGACGCGAACAGUCCUCCCCUCUACCCAUGUUCCUCUUCACCCUCCAGCUCCAGAAGUCCUUCUGCUGUGCCACGGCAGCAUAAAGCUUUUGUUGAUGAUGUUUUGCAAAUGCUUGCUGAGGAAAUGCUGCCCUUGAACUUCACUGAAGGCUCUGGGUUUCGUAAGUUCAUGUCCUCAAUUGGUCCUCAACAUCCGCAACUCUCACAGCGCACCAUAGCUUUAGAGCUCUAUAACGCUGUGGAGAAAACCAUCAAGCCGCGGCUGAUCCAGCAGCUCAUGAACUGUGUAUCUUUGAGUGCAGGCCGUAAUGUUGUACACCUCACCGCUGAUAUUUGGGCUAGUGAACAUGCAGAACCACUUCUUGCCGUUCAGAUGCACUUUCUUGAUGACGACUGGAACUUUCACAGACCGACUGUGGCUUUUCGCCAAUUGCAGUGUAAACAGUUUACGGCAAAGAUUGGAGGAGAGCUCGAAUCAGUUCUUCUAAGCUAUGGGCUUUUCCCACAUAACAUUGGUUACAGCAUUAUCCACGAGGCCAAGAACACUAUUGCUACACAUGAUGUUUUCUGUGACUACAAGAUCAUGUAUUCUGCACAAAAGAAUGAUGCAGACGAAGAUGAGUUAUUGCGUUUUCUUGAUGACCAGUUCGCCAUAGAUGAGUACUCUAUAGCUGAAAUCUCGUGCAGCAAACAUCUGGAUUGUAUUACAACACUACUGCAUUGUGUAAUGAAGGAGGCACUGAAGAAGUCCAGAGUUGUUGAGCGUAUACUUCUCGAGAUACAAAGUGUGGUGUCUUUUUUUCGCCGCAGUGCCUACUGGCUUGAGGUUCUUGCACGGAAAUGCAAGCUCUCGCUCUCUGUUUCUUGCAGCACAAGCAGCUUCGCCUGGAACUCCACCAUCACCAUCAUCCGUGAAAUAAUGCAGGAGUCGGUAUGGGACUUGGUGAUGACCCUUCUCAAUCAAGCUCGCACCGAGGCAAACAGCUGCCACGUUUGUCCACCGGCGGUUCAUGUUGCACGCGAGCAGGUAGUGGACUUUGUUGGCUUGGUGGAGCCUUUCGAAGAGGUGGUCCAGGUGCUUCAGGAAGACGCUUUCACCUUGUCCCUCGUCAUUCCGUCCAUCAUUGGACUCGAUAAAACUCUCGAGACCAAGGCCACGAGCUUCAGCCUUUUCUGCUCAGCCCUGCGCUCUGGUCUGCGUUCUUACUUCCAGCCUCUGAUUUUGCGAAGAGAUUUUAUACUAGCCACAGUUCUGGACCCACGAAUCAAGCUGCAACCCUUUGACGGCGGAAAAGAGAAGUUCAAGAGUACCACGCUGUUUACACCCUCCAAACAGCGUGCCUCUUCAGUUGUAGAGUCGGCAUUAAGCGAAACUUGUACCGCAGCAGAAAUGAGCUGUGAUAAAGCAGAUGUUGAUAUGCAGAAGCUGAUGAAUGUGCCUGAGCUGCGUCAGUAUUUAUCAGAGCCCUUGUCUGACGGAGAGGUUUCUGUCCAGGCCUACUGGAAAGAAGCUACCCGCUUCCCUCGCCUGCAGAGCAUCAGCCGCAAACUGUUGGCCGUCCCAGCAUCUUCGGGGGGGUUUAAAAGACUGUUUCCUUUAGCCUCCUGUAUUGUACGGGCCCAGAGAAACAGACUGCCACAACACACGACAGAGCGACUUCUGCUGUACCGAGAGAAUCGGAAAACCAAUGGCAAAAAUGCGAUGGACUAAACACUGAGCUUUGUGGUAAAUACAUGAUAUAAAGUGUGUGUAUGUUUGUUUUUGUUUACUGAGUGACUUCAUUAGAAUGUCACCUGAUAAUAAACGUCAUGACAAAUGUACAAAAGUCUUGAUAUCUUAAAUUGAUUGUAGUCAAAUUUGAAUAAGAGAGAACCUGCUUAUAUGACCUGCCAAUCAGACUCGGAUGUAUCUAACACUUUCACCUCUGCCACACUGUGUGCUUCUCCCUUCACUCUGCUGUAUCGGUCUGUGACUUUGAAAAAGAAGGUUUGGUUGUGAAAAACAUGAGCCCUCGUAAUCUUUAGUCAAAAACAUUGAGCCUGACCCUUCACAACAUCUCUGAUCACGUGUAUGUAGGUGUGAGGCUGGCUGGGCAAUAAUGUUGUGACGGCUCGUUUAGUUUUGCAACACCUACUUUCUACAAUCCAAUCAAUUCCUGAUAGACUGGAGUUCUGUCCUGCGUUUUUUACUUGUAUGAUAAGCCAUUUCCUUCACAUAUACGUCACAUUAGGGAAGAAAAUUUGGUCUUGGUUUUUUUUAUGCCAACAUUAACCACUGAAGGGUGUGUUGUGGUCAUUUCAACCAGAAUUUGUACUGGGUUCAAAGACACAACCAGUCGGUCUGAACUGGCUGAGCACUUUAGAAUUUUUAAAUGAUUUGUUUGUUCACCCAUACAUUACAAUUCUGCAUAAUUUUCUCACCCAAAUGUCAUCAUUCCAAACCCAUACAUGCUUCUGUGAAACUCGUAUUGUGAAUUUUUUUUUUUUUUUUUAAUAUAAUAUUCCUCCAUAUAAUGAAAGUGAAUGCAGACUGAGGCCAUCAAGCUCCAUAAUGACAAAAAUGUUAGGCCUUGCUGACAGACGAGCUGUAUUACUCAAUCACCAAUUCACAUUUUGAUCAUCUAAACACAAAUUAUGUUGGUUCUGGAAGAAAAAUCUAUUUGUAUUUGUCACAGCACUUGUAUAUCAUUGCUCUUUUGUUGGUUCGAUUGCUUCUAUUUUGCUCAUUUGUAAGUCACUUUGGAUAAGUGUCUGCUAAAAUGAUUAAAUGUAAAUAUUUAGUUUUUACAUUUUUUAUGCUUCUACUAAUGCAAAUAAAGUUUAUAAAAAAGAUAUAGGAAUUGGCAGCUUGUUUUGAACAAAUGUGAAACAACUGUCAAAAAAUAUUUAAAAAGACACGACAGUUUUUAAUUGGGAAGGUAUAACUUGCAACAACAAACUAAAAAGUGA